GCUAACGCGCCGCGAAUCUUUCAAUGUUGCGAAGACCGAAGGGAAUGGCAGAGGGCAAUCGCAAGCUAUCAUAAGAACCCACCAUGUCGAUACCGUCCACACCGAGAUGGCCUGCAGACGAGACAGGCGUGCCAGAGAUAGCCGGCGACGAGUGCUUCGGAGACCUGGUAGACAAACUGUGCCAGUUCUUUGAGCAUACCAUCAAGCUGCCACAUAGCUUCGAAGACUUGCGUAGAUCGCAGGAGGGCAGGGCCGUCCAACCUCUCAUCGCAUACCUGUCCACCCAAGUCGACCACCCUGCCCUCGUAUCGGCUCUACUGGCCCUGAAGGGACAUUUCUCUGCCUUGGAAGAAACCAGUGACGAGCCUGGUGUGAACGAAGCGCGAGGCUAUGCAUGCGAAUUCGUAGCUUGGCAAUUCUUGACGAACCUGAAAGAAGCGGACAUCAUAGAGUCUCUACUAGUAGAACUCCCGCCUGCAACGACGCCGACCACCUCCAACCCAGCGAACGGUUACCACUCGGGCGAGAACGAACGUGACACCACACAUACAGACGAGCGGUCGCCUUUGCUUCCCGUAUCCAACACCGAUUACUUUGGCCACGGCGACUCUCCCAGAUCUCGCUUCGGAUCGCUCAUGUCACAAUGCGAGAAUCUCAGUGCAUUGGAGCUUGCAACUGUAUCUGGUGCGAAGAAGUUCCUAUCCCAGAGACCAGUCCAGAAGAUUAUAAAUGGCUUGUGGAAAGGCGACAUCGUAUUCUGGGAGACUCUCAGUCUACAUUCAGAGAAGAAGCCCAAAAAGUAUAACCGAAAGCAGGCCGAUCCCUUCUCCCGGCUACGCGUUCCCUUGUACUUGAAGAUUUUCGAGACACUCUUUUUUGCGGCAUUCUUAGGGCUAUACUACGCAGUUUUAGUGCAACGAAACAACGUCAGAGUGACCAUUCCCGAGAUACUGCUCUACGUUUGGAUUGCCAGCUUUGCAUACGAUGAAUUUUCGGAUUGGUUGGACGCAGGGCAAAGCUCGUUUUAUGCCUCGGACUUUUGGUGGACCUGGGACAUUAGUAUCGUCGUCGUGGGCUUUGUCUUCUGCAUUAUGAGGAUUGUUGGACUGACUACAGCCAACGCUACCACCAUCGAUCUUGCGUAUGACGUACUCGGAUUAGAGGCUCUCUUCCUCGUACCGCGCAUCUUCUCUCUCUUGAGUCUCAAUCGAUACUUUGGUACCCUGAUUCCGUGUCUCAAAGAAAUGACCAAGGACUUCAUCAAGUUCCUGUCACUGGUAGUCAUCCUGUACCUAGGGUUUCUAACUACUUUCGUACUGCUGGCUAGAGAUAGUAGAUUCAACGCGAAGCAGAUGAGUUGGAUACUGAUCAAGGUCUUCUUCGGCUCCAGCUACCUAGGUUUCGAUGUCGCCGAAGAGAUCUCGCCUUUCUUCGGACCUCCUGUAAUGCUUGUUUUCGUCACUUUGACAAACAUCUUGUUGAUUACAAGCCUCAUAUCGCUUUUGAGCAACUCAUUGAGUAAGGUCCUUGAUCAUGCGCGGGAUGAAUAUUUGUUCAUGUACGUCAGCAUGAUCCAACGUGACUUUCUUCAGGCACUGACGACACAGCUAUUCCGUAUACGUGCUCGAAGCAUCAAGCUCGAAUCGAUUGACAUACUUUCUGCCUCCACUGGCGUGCUCAACUUUGCAAGGCUGACCAGCUUCCAGAAUCUCAUUCCGCUAGUCAUUAGACCGUUGCGGCUCGUCCUCCCCUCCGAGCGACUCAGGAGCGUCCGGAUCGUCUUGCUCAAGGCCACGCAUCUACCUCUUGUAUUUGCAAUCUGGGCCUAUGAGCAGUUGACCGAUACCCGUAAUCUCGAUGUGAAAGUGACAUCUUUCAGCGGACCGCAGACACCAACCCCACCAAAAAAGGCUCUUCGGUUGCCGGUCAACUCUCCACGCCUAUUGAUGGCCGAAGCACCAAACUCAUUUGCGAGGAAGCCUCAGAAGCUCCAGGCACGAGCAGGGUUUACAGAAACCGAUGCUCCAUUGAAGACACUAGUCCUCAAGCUUUCAACGCAAGUUGAAGAACUUACUGCGAUGGUGUCGCAGCUCCAGCAGCAGCGCGAAGCGAGCACAUCGGUCGCUUGA